GCAACAAUUCGGGUCGAAUCCAAUCCAUAGAUUUUUUACAAUGUCGGCGACGUUGCAAGUCGCCGCCGGGGGUCUUUCCGCCCAUGAUCGCCGGGUAUUGACGGCGGUUAACGCCGGAGCAGCUUCCCUUUCCUUCGUUGGUUCCAGCUUCAUAGUCCUCUGCUACGUCCUCUUCAAAGAGCUCCGAAAGUUCUCCUUCAAGCUCGUCUUCUACCUCGCCCUCUCUGAUAUGCUAUGCAGCUUCUUCAGCAUGGUUGGGGAUCCAUCGAAAGGAUUCUUUUGUUAUGCUCAGGGUUAUAGUACUCAUUUCUUCUGUGUGGCAUCUUUCUUAUGGACUACAACAAUAGCCUUUACUCUUCACCGAACUGUUGUUCGGCACAAAACAGAUGUUGAAGAUUUAGAGGCCAUGUUUCACUUGUAUGUUUGGGGGACUUCACUGGUCGUGACUGUCAUACGCUCCUUUGGUAAUAACCAUGGACACUUAGGCGCGUGGUGCUCGACACAAACAAGCACCGGAAAGGUGGUUCACUUCAUAACAUUUUACCUGCCGCUCUGGGGUGCAAUUCUUUACAAUGGUUUUACAUAUUUUCAAGUGAUACGCAUGUUAAACAAUGCAACUCGCAUGGCUGUCGGCAUGUCUGACCGAGCAUAUCACACAGAUGCAAGAGCUGACAUGAAGGCUUUAAAUCGGUGGGGUUACUAUCCACUUAUUCUGAUAGGAUCAUGGGCUUUUGGCACAAUAAACCGCAUUCAUGACUUUAUGGAGCCAGGUCAUAAAAUAUUUUGGCUUUCAGUUCUUGAUGUUGGGACUGCAUCUCUUAUGGGCCUAUUUAACUCGAUCGCAUAUGGCCUAAACUCAUCGGUGCGGCGAGCAAUUCAUGAAAGACUGGAUCUAUUCUGGCCAGAUAAACUUCGAAGGUGGCUACCUUACGGUUCAAAGUACAGAAACCAACAACAAGAGAGUGAAUUAGUUUCACUAAAAAAUCAAGAUCAACAAUAGCAAAAGAGAGUGCACUAUUUGGAUCUCAUACUUAGCCAAAUUUGGAAAUGGGUUCCAAUUUUUCAUCAUGUAUUGAUUUGCCCCCCACUUUCCCCUUGUGUAUAUGUAUUUUUUGGUCCUUUUCAUUAAAACAUGGUCUCCCUUUUUAUGAAUAGGUGGAUUUAAUUUUGAUCCUCAAAAACAAAACUAUUCCUAAGAAAAUAA